GGCGAUUUGCAAAUACGCAAAACUUACUAUAAUAAAAUAUAAAGUACAUCAAUAUUGACUUUCCCUUUUUUGAAGUUGAGAAUAAGGCUGCUAGAAUGUAUUAUUCACUUUCCAAAGUCAUUUUCAGUUGACGCAGAAGCUGUUUUAUUGGUUGCCAGGAAAAUAAAUACCUAUUUUAAGGUUUACAUGUAAAGUGAUAUCUACACAUUUGUGCAAAUAUCAUUCCAUGUGUAGAAAUAGAUGCACAAAUGUGUAGAUAUCACUUUACAUGUAAACCUUAAAAUAAGUAUUUACAGAGUAAGUUAUGCGUAUUUGCAAAUCGCCCUGUAUUUUUGUGGAUGUGAUUUUACACAACACAAAUACAAAAAUACAUGUUUGUGGAUAAUGAAACAUUUGCAGAUCAUGCUACACAUUUGUGUAAUGUCUUCUUUGGAUUACAACUAAUAAAGUCCAAUAAAAACUUCCAUAUAUUAGAGCACUUCCAGGUCCCAGAGAGAAACCAGCAGUGAGGAGUCUUCACCUGCAGGAGGCAGCAGAGCGCUAAACCGGAUCUAGUCUGCCGGAAAUAGAAAACGAAGAAGAAGGAGAGCCAAUCAGAAAGCAGGGCACCAUAUUGAACCGAUGUUUUGAUCCUCACUGCUGCUCUGCACUUCACUUAGAGUGAGCUUUUUACCACAAACUCGAUAAGAAAACAGCUAAAAGUUGUUCUCACACGGUAACUAUGAAGCUAGCGGAGCUGAAGAAGUUGAAAGUGGCCGAGCUGCGGUCCAGACUGAAGGAUCUGGGUCUGGACAACAAGGGACUGAAGGCUGAGCUGCUGGGCAGGCUGUGGUCCAAGUUAGAGGCAGGACGAGGUGAAGAUGAAGAAGAAGAGGUAAAACCACAACAUGACCGCUCAAUAACACCUGCAGCACAAGCAGAGGACGUCCAGGCUCCGUCCUCAUCACCCAAGACAGGACCAGGUGUUACUGAGGGAUGUAAACCGGACUGGACCAGAGAGUACACAGACACCUCCACACAGACAGACACUGACACCAGACAACAAGGCUCUGAGUGUAUUACAACACUGCAACAAGGCUCUGAGUGUAUUACAACACUGCAACAAGGCUCUGAGUGUAUUACAACACUGCAACAAGGCUCUGAGUGUAUUACAACACUGCAACAAGGCUCUGAGUGUAUUACACCUCUACAGCAAGGCCCUGAGUGUGUUUCAACACUACAACAAGCCUCUGAGUGUGUUUCAACACUGCAACAAGGCUCUGAGUGUAUUACAACACUGCAACAAGGCUCUGAGUGUGUUUCAACACUGCAACAAGGCUCUGAGUGUAUUACAACACUGCAACAAGGCUCUGAGUGUAUUACAACACUGCAACAAGGCUCUGAGUGUAUUACAACACUGCAACAAGCCUCUGAGUGUAUUACACCUCUACAACAAGGCUCUGAGUGUAUUACACCUCUACAACAAGCCUCUGAGUGUAUUACACCAUUACAACAAGCCUCUGAGUGUGUUACACCAUUACAACAAGCCUCUGAGUGUGUUUCAACACUACAACAAGCCUCUGAGUGUAUUACACCUCUACAGCAAGCCCCUGAGUGUAUUACACCAUUACAACAAGCCUCUGAGUGUGUUACACCAUUACAACAAGGCUCUGGGUGUACUUCAGAGUGUGUACCAGUGUACCAAGCGGAAGAGACAGAUGUUGAAAUGCAGCAGGGAGGAGCAGAGGAUGCUGGAGAGGACAGGAGAGCUCUGUCAUCAGAGGACAUGGGCAGAGGAAGAGCUUUCUACGAGUUCAAAGAGGAGAUACGAUACAAAAGAGCCAAAUCUCCACAACCUCCAGUGGACCGAGAGGAGACGGAGGAGGAAGAUGAAGAUAAAGUCAGACUAGAUGCAUAUGACAGUCACCUCCACUUCGAGGUGAGUCCUGAUUGUGCCGGUGGCCAGCCGCGGUUCUGGGCUCGAUUCCCCUCGCUGUGGUCAGGCUGCAGGCUCACCCACGGGGUGCUGCAGGGCAGGGUGGGCUUUGAGGUGAGGCUGGAGAGGAAGUUGUUGACUACACAGCUGGAGGAACAAGAGGACGUGGAUCCUUACGGCCUGAGAGUAGGCUGGUCUGUGGCCAACACCUCUCUACUGCUGGGUGAAGAUGACUUCUCUUUUGCUUAUGAUGGGCGUGGUAAAAAAGUGUCAGGUGGGAAGGAGGAAGUGUUUGGAGAACUCUUCUCAGAGGGAGAUAUCAUUGGCUGUUAUGCUUCCUUCUCCACAGACGGUGCUGUUGAGCUCUCUUUCCAUAAGAACGGUCGUUUCAUGGGCGAGGCCUUUUCCCUGGACGCCUCUGUGCUGCUGUGUCGUCCUCUGUUCCCUCACGUCCUCUGUAAGAGCUGUUCAGUCAGAUUCCUCCUGGACCCCACAGCUCCUCCCUGGUACCCCGGACCUCCAGGGUUCACACCGCUGGCAGCUCUCUCUGUUGGGCAGAAGGUGCGCUCCACAUUGCCUCCAACCUUCAGAGCACAGUGUGAGGUGGUGUUGAUAGUUGGUCUUCCUGGUUCUGGGAAGAGCCACUGGGCCAGGACUCACAUGAAGCAGCACCCUGAGAAACAGUACAAGCUGCUGAGCACUGAGGAGCUGCUCGCAUGUAUGAUUAGUGGUGGGCAGAGAGACAGCAGGCUGCAGCAGGCCUCUCAGUGUCUAACUGAUUUGAUCAAGAUGGCGGCUCAAACUCCUGGCAACUAUAUCCUCGACCAGUGCAACAUCCUGUUCUCUGCACGGCGUUACAAGCUGCAGCUGUUCACAGGCUUCAGGCGCCGGGUGGUGGUGGUUUUUCCCUCAGCAGACGAGUGGAAAAGACGACUGUUCGAGCACCAGACGAGCAACGGGGAGCAGAUCCCCGAGACGGCCCUGCUCAAACUCCAAGUGAGCUGCAGUCUUCCAGAGCAGCAGAGCAACCUGCUGGAGGAGCUGCAGUACGUCGAGCUGCCUCAGGAACAGGCUCAGACGCUCCUGCAGGUGUAUAGAGACGAGGCUCGCCGACUGCUACCUCCCAUCCCCAAACAGGAGAAGAAGAAACCCCGACUUCACAAGAAAAGACCUCACCCUCACGGCCCUCCACCCUCACAUAGGAUCCAGUGGACUGGACUUCAUGGGUGGAACGACACAAGACUCAACAUGCAGCCAUGGAGGCAGCAGCCAAGAUAUUGGAGCGUGCCUUAUCAGGACCAGGGCUGCUACUACAGAGACGUUGGUUACAGCGGAUAUGAAGGUUACUGAUGAAGAAACCUGGAGCACUAUCUGUGUUUACAAGGACAAUCAUUCGACUGAUGUUUUUUAAUUUUUUAAAAAGAGAGCAAACUACAUCAGCAAGUAUACAAACAGAGAUCCAGACUACAGUAUAUGCACCCGCUGCUUUGGCCAAUCAAAGAUAAUCAUCAGUGUUGUAGUAUUUAAUCAUUUUACCGGCGACAACCAGGUCACUUCUCAGGAUUCUUAUACAAAAUAUUUUUAAAUGUUAAUCAUGAUUUUACUCUGCAGUGUACAAAUGAUGAUAAAUAUACAGUAUUUUGCACAUUUUUAACUCCAGCAUUGAUCAGAGAGUCCUCAAAGUCAAAGAGUAAUAAAUCCCUCAACUCUU